AUGAAUCUCUCUCAACUAGUCACCAACUAUGAGCCUCCAUCACCUCGACGCUCCUCAUACUCCUCACAGCGGUCGUGGAGCAUGAAGCCAACCCAGACUCCAUCUCCAUACACCAGCAUCCUCGAACUGCCUGCCACCCCAGAGGAUGAGCCUGCUACCAGAUAUUCGCUGCCACCCAUCUCAACCCUCUUUCAGGGAAUCGACAGCAUCUCACCACCUCACUCAGCCAAACGGCAAAGAUCCGAUGACUGGGAAGAGGAGAGGUCCGAGAGAAAGUACCGGAUGAUACUCCCACCCACUCCACCACAGCGACCUGGAUCCAGUUUCGAGCAGACAAGACGCUCUCCAUCUGCAUCCAGCGCUUCUUCAACCUCGACCAUGCAGGUUCCCGGGCUCAUCAGCUCAUCCACCCUCACCAGCCCAGCCUCAGACGCUCCCACCGAGCGACCAAUGUCUCGAGUCUCCUACUCAAACCGCUCUUCCUUCUCCGAGGGCCGCUAUCCAUCUCCUGCAAACUCGAACGUGGCCCGGUUCACGUCUCCUACAGACCACCAGGCUUCGUCUCCAGAGUUCUACCCUGCAGCUGCUCCGGCUUUUAAGCCAGUUUCCGUUGUUGUUCAGUCACAGCCACAGCAGCCAAGCCAGCACCAUCACCACCAGAUGGUCAGCAUUGGCGAGAUGGGCAGCACCGCAUGGCAGCACCACCAUUACUUCCCUCCAUCCAACACUGCCGCCUACCCACUCAACCACGACAGGUACAUCUGCCGUACUUGCAACAAGGCAUUCUCCCGACCUUCCAGCCUCCGCAUCCACUCCCACAGCCACACGGGCGAGAAGCCAUUCCGCUGCCCUCGUCCGGGCUGUGGCAAGGCGUUCAGUGUCAGGAGUAACAUGAAGCGCCACGAGAGAGGUUGCCACAGUGGCCGUGCUGCUCAGAGAGCCACCCAUGUCGGCUGA